AUGCGAUGCUCAGCAUAUCCGAAGGAGAGCGAGGCCAGUGUUGGAUACGCGAUACGAUUAAGCCCCAGCCUGUUCCCUGUUCCAGCCUUAGCCCCCACUCAGCCCCUGUUCAGCUCCCCACCUCAGCCCUGCUCCAGCCCCUCAUCCCAGCCUCAGCCCACCCUGUUCCUCCAGCCUCCCAGCCACUGUUCCCCAGCCCCACCUGUUCCCACCCCAGCCUGUUCCCACUCCACCUCAGCCCUGUCUCAGCCCCAGCCCCAGCCCCCAGCUCCAACCCCUCAGCCUCACCUCCCUGUUCAGCCCCACCAGCCCCCUGCUUCCACCCUCUGUCUGCACCAGUUCCCUGUUCCACCCCCCACCUCAGCCCUCUCCCUGUUCCAGCCUCCCACCUGUUCAGCCUCACUCCCCAGCCUCAGUUCCUGUUCCCCACCCCAGCCCGCCCAGCCUCACCCCUUCUCCUGUCUGUUCCCCACCCCUGUUCACCUGUUCAGUCUCCUGUUCCUGUUCUCACUGUUCCUGUCUCCUGUUCCUGUCCCUGUUCCUGUUCCACCCCUGUGCUCCCACCCCCUGUUCCUCACCCUGUCUCACUGUUCCUGUUCCCACCUGUUCCACCCCCUCAGCCUCAGUUCCCCACCAGCUCCCAGCCCACCCCUGUUCCCCCAGCCCCAGCCUCCCAGCCCCCACUCCCCACUGAAAUUCCUCAGCCCCACCCCUGUUCCAGCCCACCUCUGCCCCAGCCCUGUUCCUGUUCAGCUCCCACCCAGCCCUGUUCCCACCAGCUCCUGUUCCACCUCCCACCCCUGUUCCUGCUCCCCAGCCCUGUUCCCACCCAGCUCCCACUCCUCAGCCUCAGCCCUGUUCCCAGCCCCCUGCACCUGUUCCCUGCUCCACCAGCCCCACCCAGCCCUGUUCUCCAGCUCCCAGCCCUGUUCCCUGUCUGUUCCUGUUCCACUCCUGUUCCAGCCCCCAGCCCUGCCCCACUCACCUCCCCACCUGUGCCCCACCUGUUCUGUUCCCCACCUCACUCAGCUCCAGCCACCAGCUCCCUGUCUCCAGCUCCCCACCACCCCCACUCCUGUUCCUGUUCCCAUCCGCUCCUGUUCCACUCCCACCUGUUCCACCUGUCUCUGCUCCCAGCCUCCCACCUGCACCAACCCCAGCUGUUCACUCCCCAGCCUCUGUUCCCAGCCUCCCAGCCCCAGCCUCACUGUACUCCACCUGUUCCCAGCCUCUGCACCUGUUCUCCACUCCCAGCCUCAGCCUGUUCCCAGCCCCACCCCACUGUUCCACCUCACCCCAGCCCUGUUCAGUUCAGCUCUGUUCCCCCCUGUUCCCCACCCCAGCCCACCCCACCCACCCCACCAGCCCUGUUCCAGCCCCACCCCAGCUGUUCCUGUUCAGCUCCCUGUUCCACCUGUACCCACCUGUUCCCAGCCCCAGCUCCCUGUUCCCAGCCCCCUGUUCCCCCAGCCCCCACCACCUGUUCCUCAGCAAUCAGCCCCACCCCACCCCCAGCCCUGUUCACUCCCCACCCACCCCUGUUCCCAGCCCACCCCACCCCACCAGCCCCCACCCACCCCUGUUCAGCUCCAGCUGUUCCCAGCCCUCACCUCAGCCUCAGCCCUGUUCCACCUGGUACCCCAGCCCCCACCAGCCUCACCCCAGCCUCAGCCCCCAGCCCAGCCUCCCAGCCUCAGCCCCACCUGUCCCCAGCUCCCAGCCCCAGCCCUGUUCAUCCAGCUAUUUUUAGCUUAG